AUGAAAUCAGUCGCUACCUUAAAUUCCAAAGAUUCAACGACCCGGCGAGAGCAAAUGUUACAAUACCAGGAAAUAUCAUUGCCUGUGGGCGAACUACGAGGAGCGGUGCGUACCACAAUAUACAAUGAUCGCUAUUACAGUUUCGAGGGAAUUCCCUAUGGCCAACCACCGAUAGGUGAUCUACGAUUUAAGGCCCCUUUGGCAGCUCAACCCUGGCAGGGUGUAAAGGACUGCACAAAUUUCAGCACAAUUAAGCCUAUACAAAGGAACAAGGCCAGCGGUAGAGUGGAAGGCGCCGAAGAUUGUCUUUAUUUAAAUGUAUUUGCAAAAAAGCUUCAUACUUUAAUGCUUCUUCCCGUUAUGGUAUACAUAUUUGGAGGUGGAUUUAAUGAAGGCGCCGCCAUCAGAAGUCUAUAUGGGCCAGACUAUUUUAUGCAAAAAGAUGUUGUUUUGGUAACCCUCAAUUACAGGGUAGAUUCAUUGGGUUUUCUCAGCGUCAAAGAUCCCUCACUGCAAAUACCAGGUAAUGCAGGCUUAAAAGAUCAAAUAUUAGCUCUGAAAUGGGUUAAGAAAUUCAUUCGAUAUUUCAAUGGUGAUCCGGAUAAUAUCACACUAUUUGGCAAUAGUGUGGGUGGUGCAUCGGUCCAUUAUCUUUCGGCCACAAAUCAAACGCGAGGUUUAUUCCACAAAGCCAUUUGCAUGUCGGGCACCAUGUUAAGCUCAAGAGCGAGUACACCGGCCCAGGACUAUGCCUACCGCUUAGCUCAACAACAUGGCUAUGAGAAGGAAAACAAUGACCGUAAGGUAAUCGAGUAUCUGCAAUCCUUGGAAGCCGGAAAGUUGGUUCAACAUGAUCUGCUAACCCCUGAAGAUCGUCGUAAUGGAUUUAGGCUUACUUUUGCCCCCGUUGUGGAACCUUACGAAAGUGAACACUGUGUUGUGUCCCAGGAGCAACAGAAGAUGUUGCAUAGCGCAUGGAGCAAUGAAAUUCCCAUUAUAUUUGGCAGUACUGCCAAUGAGGGACUUUUGCUGUAUUCCCAACUUCAAAACUACACACAGAUCAUUGAGUCUUUCCGCACAGACCCUGCAACUAUUUUACCUUAUUUGGUGAAGAUAAACAACAAUGAGACCGUAAAUGAGGAACUAGCCCAAGUUCUAUUUAAGUUGCAUUUUUCUAAGGAAAGCAAUGAACUUGAAGAUGUUGUAAAUCCCAGUCGUUUACACGUUCUAAGUCCUGGUUUAGUCUGUCGACGCAUUCAGUUAAUUUUGUUAGAUGUGUACUUGUAUAAAGUUGAACAUCAUCUGCAUAAAGAUGAAUAUUAG